AUGUCUUCUCAGCCAGCCCACCUCACAAAACACGUUCCCCUCCUCUCCUACCCACUCCCCGCCGCCGUCCUCUCGUUAUCCCAGCUCACCGAUGGCGUGUCAAACGGAACGGCCCUCUGGCUCGGCGGUCAGUGCCUCGCAAUCUACCUCAGCCAGAUGCACAAGAAAUUCAGCACACCCACAUCACGCCGCGCAAUAGAACUCGGAAGCGGCAUAGGCCUCACCGCCCUCGCCUUGAGCUCCCUUGGCUGGGACGUGCUUGCCACCGACAUUCCUCAUGUAAUCGACUCAGUUCUCGCGAAGAACAUCACCAAUAAUCUUUCUGUUCUCCCACCGGGUUCUGGAAUAGUCCAAGUCCGCCAGCUUGACUGGUCAGUCGCACCUUCCGACUGGACAUGGGACCACGAGUCCACCAUCGCUUCCCACUCUCUCCUCCCUCCCUCCAUGGCCUCACCUUCGGACUUGAUUCGUCCCCCUUUCGAUCUCAUAAUAUCUGCAGACACCGUUUACGCAGCUGACCUGGUGGAUCCUAUGCUUCGCACCCUUCAUGCUCUCAGUACGUUAUCCGCAUCGACCGCUCAUUGUCCAACCGUUCUCCUGUGCAUCGAACGGCGCGAUCCUUUGCUCGUUGAUCGUCUUCUAUCUGAUGCCAAGGAUAAAUGGAACUUUGCUGUAGAACGUGUUCAACACCGAAAGCUAGUCAAGGCGGUAGAGAAAAGCGGAGCGGGAUGGACUAAAUCAGACUGGGAUGGCGUUGAACUUUGGAAGCUGAAGCUCAGGGUCUCAUGA